AUGACGAAGCGCACGAAGAAGGUCGGUAUCACGGGUAAAUACGGCACGCGGUACGCAUCCCUCUCGAGAUCCUGCCCGCCCUGCAGAGCGAACAAGAGUUGGAGACUGGCAUCUCAUGUGAGAGAUGAGCUGCGGACAUUGGGCAGGACAGUCAUUUGGAGUGACGAAUUCUGAUUGUUGAGUGCAGCUACGGUGCCUCCCUUCGUAAGCAGGUCAAGAAGAUCGAAGUGUCCCAGCACGCCCGUUACACAUGCACAUUCUGCGGCAAGGUCUCUGUCAAGCGCAACGCCGUCGGAAUCUGGGACUGCAAAUCAUGCGGCAAGACUGUUGCAGGAGGCGCAUACACCGUCUCGUACGUACACCUGGGUCUUGAGAUAUGGGAAGGGACGGACACUGACAUAUCCAACUCAGGACGCCCGCUGCGGCCGCGACCCGCUCUACCAUCAGACGUCUGCGCGAAAUCGCUGAGGUAUAG